UAUCUCUCUUUAUCAUUCAUUAGUUUUCAUUCUGUGAUCAUAUCUAGUUUCUAAUUAAAUUUCUGAGAUACUUUUUGUCUUUCCUUUGAAAAUUUCUCUAGAAAAAAUGUCUUGCUGUGGAGGAAACUGUGGUUGUGGAUCUGCCUGCAAGUGCGGCAACGGUUGCGGAGGUUGCAAAAUGUACCCAGACUUGGGAUUUUCCGGCGAGACGACUACAGCUGAGACUUUCGUCUUCGGCGUUGCACCGGCGAUGAAGAACCAGUACGAGGCUUCCGGUGAGAGCAACAACGCUGAGAACGAUGCUUGCAAGUGUGGAUCUGACUGCAAGUGUGACCCAUGCACCUGUAAAUGAAUGAAGAUAUCUAUCUUUUAAAAUAGGCAGAGAUAAUAUAUAUCCAGUCUUUUUAAUCUAAGUAAUUUAAUAAGUAACCUUAAUGGUGUUCUAGGUUUGGUUUAUGUGUAAUAAUAACGGCUGCAGCUUAAUAUUUUAGCCGACCGUAGUCUUUUGUGUUGUGUGUGGUUUGAUGAUCAUAUAUACUACUAUUUAGAUGUCUCUGCCAUGUGAUGAGUUUGUACUUCAAAUGAAAAAGUUAUUAUAGUUCAUAAUCUUGAAAAGUU